UUAAAAAAUUACUGUUUAUUAUAACCGGUGCUGGGUAUGGCUCCGGGGCCGGCUCCACUAGAAGUUGCAAUACCCUGCUCUGACUAUAACUAAAAAAAUUUUUAAUCUUCCAAUGCACAUACACUUAUAUUUUAAUUUCUCCAAAAUAUACAUAAAAACUCUCAAAAUAUAAUUUUAUAUAAUUAUGCGAGUAAAAACAUUUUUCAACGAGGAAUUAUUUUUUAUUUUGGUUUUGAACCAUUUUUAAUUUUUUUUAAUUUUUUAUUAAUUUAUUUUAAUUGUUUUUAAGAAAAAUGACUUUAUUCUUCUCUCUUUGUUGCUUCUCAAUAUCUUUUACUCCUUCAAUGAUGCUUUUCAGACGGUUGGUUGUCUCUGAUCCAUUGCGAAUCAUUCUUUUUGUUCUUGGAGCAUUUUUCUGGCUACUUUCUCUUUUGUUUACUUCAUUACUUUGGACAGUCUCAAAUAAUUUAUGUGCAAUUUUUAUUUGUUCUAUAUUGCUUCAAGAAGUUGCCAGAUCCGUUUAUUAUUUUUUACUUUACAAGGCACAAAGUGGUUUAACUAAAUUAGUUUCUGAUGGAACGGACAUUUCUGGCUUUCGUUUAAUGUUUUCAUCUAGGCAUGUCCUUGCUAUUGUUUGUGGUCUUGGUAUGGGUGUAAUGGCUUCUUUGUUUUUAUUAACAAAUAUUCUCGCUGAUUAUUCUGAUGACGGAGUUGUUGGUUUGCCAUCAGAGAUCUUUGGAAAUGGGAGCACAAAAACCGUAAAACUUCACGACAUCGAUGCUUAUUUUCCAAUUUAUUAUUCACUCUCUUGCUCCUUUUUAACUCUUUUCAACGUUCUUUGGACAAUUAAUUUAUGGGAUGGAUUACAUAAAUAUUUCCAUAAUACAAUUGAUUCUACUGUUUUGAUAAUUAUCUUUAUUCUUACAUUUAUUUUUCAUGGAACUAAUUCUUUAUUGAGUGUCUGGUUACGAAGUUCACCAAAUAAAAUUUUAUUAUCUCAACUUGCUUUACUUUUUGUUACUUCAUUUUAUUCUUCUUGUAUUAUAAAGAAUUAUAAAUUAACAAUAUUUCAGAGAAGAAAUAAUGCUGAUCUCUAA